AACCGCGGUCGUCUGGUCGUCGCUGUCGUUGCUCUCGCGCGGACGUCGUCGCUGCUCUGCCGACUUAUUGUUAUUGUUUUUACUUUAAAGUGCUAGUGUUUUUUUUUUAUUUGGCAGCUGAAGACACGCAUUCGCUCCAACUGCGCAGGGACACCGCCUACAAUUGAAGCAGCAGCAGCAGCAACACGAAGUGCAACAACGACUCAAUGUGCUAAAGUGCCUUGGGUGAAAUAUGCAGCGAUGUGACCCAAACCGGAAGAAGCCGACAGCAGCAGCAGCAGCAGUAGCAGUAGCAGUAGCAGUAGCGGACAGCAGUAGCAGUAACAGAAAGCUGCGAGAGCUCAUCGUGAAGACAACAUACGCAUUAGCGGAGACAACAACCAACUGUACAACCAAUUGCUGAACCAAACAAACAAUACAAAACGCCGAGAGCGAGUAGACUGAGCAACGAGUGGGCAAAGAGAAGAACGAGUACGAGUACGAAACGAGAGCGAGAACGAGAAGAAAAGAGAAAGCGAGAGCGCGAGCGAGAGAACAAAGAUCAACGACAUGCCCAGCACGGCAGGCAGUGCGGCCGGCGUCGGAGUUGGCGCACUGAUCAACAGUGCCGGAAGCAGCGCCAGCAUGGGAAUUGGUGUCGGCGGCGGCGGCAGCGGCGCAGCGAGUGCUGGCAGCAGCGCUGUGGCUGCAGCCUCCGCUGGCACAUUGAUAGCGCAGAGCACGGCGGGCACCAGUGCCGCCAGUGGCACCAUCACCUGGGAUAACAAUGGCACCCUGCGCUCCAUUAAUCCCGGAGACUGGUCGAUUGAACAGUGCCUCAUUUGGCAGCAGCCGCAUCAUCUGUACUUUCAGCUGGGCUGGGCCUUUCUCUUUCUGGCCUUUUUGGCGCCGCACGGUCCAUUUGGUUCGCUUUGGAUGCGCGCCACCCUGCUCAUUGGGUGCAUCAUGAUGGGCAUGUACGGUUACCUGAUUGAGUGCACUCCGGAUGUGGUGCUCUGGUCCGGGCUUGGCAUUGGCAUCAACUUUAUCUAUCUCAUUGUGGUGCUCUGCCGGCUGCGUCCGGUGCGUUUCGAUCAGGAAAUUGAAGCGGUGUACGUGGCGCUUUUUCAGCCGCUGUGCGUGACACGGCAUCAGUUCAGAAAGGUGCUCAAUUGCAUGAAGGUCAUCAGGGCGCUGAAAUACCAGGAGGUCUAUGCUCAGGAGAAGGUCACCAAAGUGGACAGCCUGUCGCUGGUGCUGAGCGGCAAAUUGGUCGUCUCGCAGCAUCAGCGGGCGCUGCACAUUGUGUUUCCCCAUCAGUUCCUAGACUCGCCAGAGUGGUUUGGCGUCUCGACCGAUGACUAUUUUCAGGUGUCCAUUAUGGCCAUGGAGGAGUCGCGUGUGCUCAUCUGGCAUCGGGACAAGCUCAAGCUGUCGAUAAUGGCCGAGCCAUUCCUGCAAACUGUGUUCGAUCACAUACUGGGCCGCGAUGUUGUCAAAAAGCUGAUGCAGGUGACACAGGUGAGCGAAUCGAUAGCCAGCAACGGUUUCCUGCCCUCGGGCGGCUAUGCGGAGGAUGCUGAGGACAAGCCCAUGCUCAUACUGAAGAAGAGCGUCGAUGUGGGCCACGGUCUGACGGCGCUCAUCAAUCGCCAGCUGCAGGCUCUGCCCAGGAUAUCGAAGUAUUAUGAUUGUGCCGGCGAUCCCAAUUCCUGGCGCCUGGGGCGGAUCGACGAGACUGAUCAUGAGACGGCCGUGUGAAAGCGCAUCAGCAUAUAGAUAUUAACAUAUAUAGAGAUAUUCAUUGUAUGUAUACCCAAUGUGUGUAUAUAUAGAAAGCGAAAACAGUUCGCAUCAAUGUGGGACAGGACAAUGUUUAGACUUGCGUUUUUGAGUAUUAUUAGAGGUAUAUCUUAGGCAACAUAUGGCAUACGCAUUCGAAUAGCGCAGACAGAGAGCGCAGCAUACUUUAGUAUAAUAUAUAUACAUACAUAUAUAUAUACAUAUAUAUAUAUAUAUAUAUAUAUAUAGAAGGUAUUCAUGCUAUAUAUAGUUGGGUGUUCGCAUUGACAGCCAUUUCACAGAUGCGCUUAGAACAGGUCAUGAAGUGCAUGAUGAUUGAGCAAAUGUAUUUUUUUAAUAUAGAAACCUAAGAGUACACUACACACAAUUAAAUAUAGUAUUAGUUUGUAUGUGUAUGUUAUGCUAUAUAUAAGUAUGUAACUUUGUAUACAUAUGUAUGAGUGGCCAUUGGAUGCCUAAACUAUUCAGAGUUUGAAUUCAGCAAUCGUUAAUAUGUUUGGCAGCCCCAUUUAGUGACUUAUUCGAUACGAUUUCCCACAUUCGCAAUUGAGUUACAAAUAUAUUAAUAUACAUAUAUCUAUUUUUUUUAUAUAUAUAGGAUAAAUCACAUUAAAUGAACUCUCUUUAGGAUUGUAAUUUGAUUGGAGGAUCAUUGUACUUUCUAGCGAUCGUGUUUAUAUAUUUUCGAGCUACAUAAUAAUACUUUAAAAUUUCUUGAUAAUUUGAUUUCCUUUGCGGUCUGCUAGUUUUCUGUACAAAUUUAAGUUCAGCCAAGUGCCGAAUCCGGAAUUAGGUUUGAUAGCAAAAGGCUUUUCAUAUUCAUGCGAACAGGUUUGAGUAUCAGCAUAAUCACAUACAUUUCGAAGGGAGAAAAGUGCGAAAAAUUUGUAAUUUUGAUAGCAUUCAAAACAAAACAGAAAUUUUCAAAUAGAAAUUGUUAAUCUAGCCGAAUUGCGGAAUUCAGAUACCCAUUGAUUAUGUUGAUAAAUUUCCAAAAUUUGAAGGCAAUCUGAAUCCGAGUUGUAUAAUAUUAUUCGAUGUCAUAAUUUAAAAUUAUUUGAAGCUUUCAACGCAUUGCCAACUAUUGAGUUUACACGGAAACAAGUUUGCUUAUUUUAAAAGUUAACCUUAAAGUGUGCUACAAAUAUUUGAAAUAUUUUCAACGAAUUGUUGAUACAAAUUUAAGAAACAAAGUCGUGAGUGUAGCUGAAUAACAAUAUAGUCAAGCCUCGAUAUGCUAGGCCACAAACAAAAAAAAAGAAGAUAUAUACAAAAACAGUUGAAGCGGUCAUAACAUUUCGGACGCCACUGUAGAAAACGCCAUGAUAAGAGUCCAUUGCAUACUUCUUGGUGCUGCAUGUAAAUGCUCAGAGUAGUAAGAGAGGAUGUUGAAGAAUAUGAUGCAUAAUUUUGAUGACAAUGUGUUUGUUCAAGACGCCCCCAACUUUCGCCCAAAACCAAACAAAAAGCCAUCCCCCAGCCCACCCAAACGAGUAAAACGCACCCCAUACAAAGAUUGUCUGAAAUUUAAGUAUUAUAUAUUGUUAUAAUUGAUUUAAAGUAUUAUAAUAAAUAUUUACCUAUAUUUAUUGUUGUUGGCGUGAAUGAAUUUUUGUCAAUCAAAAUUUAACUUUAGACGUGUAAGCCUAGCAAAUUCUAAAAAAAAAAAAAACAAAACAGAAAACAAAGACAAUUGAGAAAAGCAAAAUUAUAAUAAUUAAUUAAUACAAAUAAUACCGAAGCAAUGUUGUUUAAUUGAGUAUUUAGCUAGACAUAUGAAAUACAAAGGAUAACAACUAAAUGUUUACUUAAUGCAGGAAAUAAAACUAUGAAAUAUUUAAACGAUUAAGCAAAUAUAUAAUUUACAUAAGUGUGUUUAUGCAUUCAAAUUGAAAUUGAUAUUGAAAUUGAACUUGAAAUGAACACAAUAAUCGAACUGCUGCUGGAGUUGCGAAAGGCGAGAGCUCUAUUAAAGAUACAAUAUGAUGUAAGUUAACAAAUGAAGAACAACAAAUAAAUAUUGAUAUGAGCAUACCAAAGUUUUCAGCUAAAUGCCUGUAUUCAGUU